AUGUUUGCAGCUGGAACGGAUACCACUCAUACAGUCAUGGAAUGGGUGAUGGUAGAGCUUCUAAGAGACCCCAAGGUCAUGGAGAAAUUGCAAAAUGAGGUCAGAGCUGUAGGCCAAGGAAAAUCAGAGAUAACUGAGGAUGAUUUUGACAAAAUGCAGUGUUUAAAGCUAGUAAUUAAGGAAACUCUGCGGCUUCAUUUCCCAGUUCCAUUUCUAGUUCCUCGAGACAUCAAAGUAAUGGGGUAUGGUAUACCGAUUCGAACACGAGUAAUCGUCAACGCAUGGGCGGCAAUUGGAAGAGACCCUUUGCUUUGGGAGAAGCCAGAGGAAUUUCAGCCAGAGAUAUUUCUGAAUGUUGGUAUAGAUUUUCGAGCAAAAUUACUGCACAAAUUUGACUUUGCCUUGCCUGAUGGCGGAAAACCAGAGGACAUGGACAUGACUGAAGCUGGUGGCAUCGAUGUGCAUAGAAAACUUCCUAUACUUGUUGUUGCCACUCCAUAUUCUCCUUAG